AUGAUAUUAAGGACGAUUUGCUUAGAGGAAUCUACGGGAAAGGGUCUUGAAGCUGAAGGAAAUCGCGAGUACAAACAGGAUGUGUGGACUCGAAUUUGGUUUACUUUUCCUUUUAGGGUUCAGGCGUUGAUUUUGUCACCGACAAGGGAAUUGGCAUCUCAAACUGAGAAAGUAAUACUGGCAAUUGGUAGUUUCAUUAAUAUCCAAGCCCAUUCGUGCAUUGGUGGAAAAAGUGUUGGUGAGGAUAUUAGGCAACUAGAAUACGGAGUUCAUGUAGUGUCUGGAACUCCUGGAAGAGUAUGUGACAUGAUAAAGAGGAGGACACUGCGCACCAGAGCCAUUAAAUUAUUAAUUCUUGAUGAAUCUGAUGAAAUGUUGAGCAGAGGGUUCAAGGAUCAGAUUUAUGAUGUGUACCGUUAUCUUCCUCCAGAACUUCAGGUCUGCUUGAUUUCUGCUACCCUCCCACAUGAGAUCCUUGAGAUGACAAGCAAGUUUAUGACUGACCCUGUGAGGAUUCUCGUUAAACGUGAUGAAUUGACAUUGGAGGGUAUCAAACAAUUUUUUGUAGCUGUUGAAAGGGAAGAGUGGAAAUUCGAUACUCUAUGUGAUCUUUACGAUAGGAUUUUUUUCUUUCAGGUUUCCUUGGUGAUCAAUUAUGACCUUCCCAACAAUCGAGAGCUCUACAUUCAUCGCAUUGGUCGUUCUGGUCGGUUUGGACGCAAGGGUGUUGCAAUCAACUUCGUUAAAAGCGAUGAUAUUAAGAUUUUGAGAGACAUUGAACAGUACUAUAGUACUCAGAUUGACGAAAUGCCGAUGAAUGUUGCUGAUCUAAUAUGAGACAUGCUUGGCAAUAUUGUGUGCGUGUGCGAGUGAAUUGGUUUCUUGUGAUUUGGAUGAGGGAUCUUGUGUGCAGUACUUGCAACUGUUUAUUUUUUCGAUAUUAUGAGAUGGCAUCAUCCACUGUAGGAGUUAAACUGAGAAAAAGAAGAAAACAAAACUCUAUUAAUUUUUUUGUUCUUGUUUUUGCCUUUUAAUGCUGACCGAAAAAUUAGAAUAGAUUAUCUUUGUUGAUAAGAUUUUGUGUUCCAUCCAUGGCUGUAUUUAAUUCUGACUUUUUUUUCUUAAAAAAAAAAAAAAACCUUGUAUUAUGACCAGUCUGGACUGUACUAUUAACGUUUUGAAAUGUUUUUGUGAUUGAGGAAUUUUUCAUAAUGUCCUCUAUUAGUGUGGAUGGUGUGUUAAUUUAAGGUUAAUACAAAUUCUUAAUUUUGUGUUGGUCA